CUGUAUCAAAUUCUAAAUACGUACCCAACACUUUGCCACACUCAAUUUGGUCCUAAUCUUAUUUUACAAAUGUCUCUCAAUAACGCUGUAACAUUCUUGAUCUUAACUUCAUUCAAAUAACGAUUAAACAAAAAAAAAAGAGAUCGAUAAAGACUUUCUUAGAAAUAUCAGUUUUGUUUUGACGUUCGAUCGUGGACCAAAGCGUGUACAGUGUAAAGUGUUUUCACUUUGAACACAACUCGAACUCGUGAGUUGAUCUGACCUACCUUGAGCCCUGAACACAUUGGUACUGUGGCUGCUUAACGGAGAUGUGUGCUGGUUCUCACCGAUUAAUCUACAAAAUGUUUGUAAGUUAUGUAUAACCAAAGGGAAAUCUUGUUACUCGUAACCGAACCACCUGAUCGCCUAUCCUAGGUUAAAACACCGUUUACAAAGUUCCAGAAACAGUAUCGUACAUGAACAUGUCUUGAAUGUUAACUCUUGUGACGGAAGACUCGUGAUACCACGUCUGUUAAAUUCUAUUAGAACCCGUUCUGGUAAUGCUCGAUCAAAAUUAUUUACAUCACUGAUUGAAUUGAACUUUUUUUUUUUUCAAAUUAAUAGACCAUCUCAUUGCUCUAUUAAUAAUGUAUGCAUUAUACAAGAAUUGACGUCAGAUACUUACGUUACUGAUUGCACAAGUGCACCGUAUUAGUAAGAAUUAUCGAAUAAUAUGAGCGAUACGAGCAUGCAAAAGCUGGAAUUGGAAAUAUUUUUUGUUACGUUUCGAUUUGUAACCAGACUGUUCUGUUCGCAGGAAUUCGACGACUAUAGGGACGCAGACGACGCUGUCUACGAGCUCAAUGGAAAGGAGCUGUUAGGAGAAAGAAUUACUGUAGAGAGGGCCCGGGGGACACCUAGGGGUAGUGACCAGUGGCGCUAUGGUGACUCCCGUGGUGGUUAUGGGGACUCGAGGCGAUCUGCCCGAGACGAUAUGCGGCACGACAGAGAUAGUGUGAACAGAAACACGAGGACCGCAUCUAGCUACAAGCAAUCAUUGCCCAGAUACGGACCACCGACACGCACCGAGUACCGCCUCACCGUGGAAAAUCUGUCGAGUCGCGUCAGCUGGCAGGAUUUGAAGGAUUAUAUGAGACAGGCUGGAGAAGUGACGUACGCAGAUGCACACAAACAACGCAGGAACGAAGGAGUUGUAGAAUUCGCAACGUAUUCAGACUUGAAGAACGCCAUCGACAAAUUGGACGACACGGAGCUGAACGGGCGUAGAAUCAGACUCAUCGAGGACAAAAGACGCGGUCGUCGCUCAAGAUCGUCGAGUUCGAGGUCAAGGUCAAGGUCACGAUCUCGAUCUCGCCGCCGAUCCCGCUCCCGCUCAAGGUAUUCCCGUCGUUCUCGAACCCGAUCAAGGAGUCGCCGCAGCUCACGUAGCCGUAGCCGUCGCAGCAGCCGCUCCAAGUCAAGGGCACAUUCUAAAUCCAAAUCAAAGUCCAAAUCCAAAUCCCCCGAGCGUAGCCGCUCGCGUUCCAAAUCCAAAUCAAGAGACCGCUCAAAGUCGAAAUCUAAGUCAAAGUCCAAAUCCAGAUCUCGUUCUAGGUCCAAGGCCGAGAGGUCAAAGUCCAGGUCGCAGUCCAAAUCCAAAGCCAAGUCUCCCUCGAACUCUCCUUACAGAGACAGAUCUAGUCGUGAAAGAUCAAGAGGCGACAGAUCAAGAUCCAGAUCGGGCAGCAAACAUAGCAAAAGCCGCAGCCGCUCCCGUUCGCCAAUGAACGGGGACAAAUCGCCAGAAAGUAACAAACUGAAAGCUGAUUAAGGGACAAAAGAGAAAGGA